AUGGGGGUCGCGGAGGAUUUCGCGCCUAGCUUCACGCAGAAGCCCCAACUGCGCCAGGAGGACGAGGGCAACCGGUUGAUAUUCGAGUGCCAGCUGGUGGCGGCGCCCAAGCCCGAGCUCGCGUGGUUCAGGGGCGAGACGCAGCUGCACGAGGACGACCGGACCAACUUUAAGAUACAGAGCGUCGGCGCGAACAAGUUCCUCGUCGUUCUCGAGCUCGACGAUGUCGUCGAGACAGACGCGGGCCUGUACAAGGUCAAGGCCAAGAACAAGAUGGGCGAGGUCGCCGCCUCCAUCAACCUCAACUUUAGCCCGGCUGAACCUGUUUACAGACGACAAAUCGACGGUAUCGCACCGACUUUUGCGAAAAAACCCACCAUCAGACAGGAGGACGACGGAAAGCGCCUUGUCUUCGAGUGCCGCAUCACUGCCGACCCGACGCCCAAGGUGUCGUGGUUCCAGGACAGCGUUUUGGUACAAGACUCCGCCAGGCACAAGCUGACCGUCGACAAAGACGGCCACUCCUACUUUGCGAGCUUGGAAAUAAAAAACGUGACCGUCGAGGACGCUGGAAAAUACAAGGUCACGGCGAAGAACGAGCUUGGCGAGUCCAACGCCACCAUCUCCCUCAAUUUCGACAGCGACGAGGCCCCGGUGCCGGACGACGGUAUCAAGCCCACUUUUACCGAACGACCGGUCAUCCGGCAGUCAGACGACGGCAACACUAUAACCUUCGAAUGCCGAUUAGCCGGUGAUCCGAAGCCUAGUGUCAUGUGGUAUCACGGAUCGGAAGAGAUCAACGAUGGUAGCAGGUAUCAGAUGUCGAUGGAACUCGACCAGAAGCUUUAUUACUUGGCUAGGCUGCAAAUCACCAAAGUCGCCAAGAUGGACAGCGGCGAGUACAGAGCCGUGGCGAAAAAUAAGCACGGCCAGGGCGUGGCCACCAUCAAUCUGAACUUCGAGGGUGGCGACAAGCUCAAGUAG